AUGGAUUACGACCCUUCAUCUUCUUCAUCUUACCCACAAGCUGGACCUUCCAACUCGACACCUUUUUCCUCAGCACCUUUAAAUGCUAUAGAUCAUUCUUCAUCUCAAAUUGCGGCAGAAGGAUCGAUAGCGUACGAUGGGAUUGGAUUCUCUUCCUCUACAGGAAACCAUGAUCCUGAUUCUGAUUAUCGACCGCUGAGCGGACCUGGAUCUCGCGGAGGAAGGGGUAGUGGACGUUUACGCGGAUCAGGCUCAGGAUCAGGACGUGGUCGGGGACGUGGGAGUGGUAGAGGUAGGGGUAGAGGUGGUGGAAGGGGAAGUAGAGGUGGUAUGAGAGCAUCAACUAGAAUAUCAGAGAGAAUAGCUUCUGGACCAAACAUAAAUCCAUCGUCUUCUUCCUCUUCAAAAAUACAAUCGUUGAAGUUAUCAUUCAAAACUUCUGGUGGAGGUGGAAACGGAAACGAAUCUUCAGGCGGUAGAAUGAUGAGUUUCUUAGGUGAAUAUGAUAGAGAACUAGAUGAAAAUCCAGAAGAUCCAUUAGCUUUUGAAGAACAGUUCAUAUUAAGAGUACCUAAAGAAAUAGCAGAAGGUACCACUGGAAGUGGGAAAAUGGAAGGUCUGAGAGAAUUGGUUAAAGGUAAAGGAAAAGGGUUAGAUGGGAUCGAAUUCAAGUUCUUUGAUUCAAGAAGAGCUUCAUUCAAAUUCAACAAUCAACUGUAUUCAGCAAAACUAGUUGAUUUACCAAAUAUAAUCGAAUCACAAAAAACGUUUGAUAACAGACACCUUUUCAAGAUAUCAGAUAUAUCACAAAUGUUAGUCGUCGAUCCACAACCUAUAAAAGAUGAAUCAAUAAUCACUUCGCAACCUUUGAAAAUUGAUGAAUAUAUAUGGCCUCAUGGUAUAACGCCUCCAAUGAAAUAUGUAAGGAAAAGAAGGUUUCGGAAAAGAUUAAGUAGAAGAGCAAUUGAAGUAGUUGAAGAACAAGUUGAAGAUUUAUUGAAAAAAGAUCAAGAUGCUGAAGAACAUAAUUAUGACCUCAUAGACGUUCAUCCAGAUCCGGAAAUAUCGGAUCAAUACUAUGUGGAAUAUGACCCGAACGCACAUUGGUAUAAUCACGGAGCAUCAGGAUCAGAAUUUGGUGGCUCGGAGAUGUAUGACGAUCCAGGUUCCGUGGCGCCUUCGCAGAUGGAUGAUUGGGGAGAUGGAGAGGGCGAUUAUGGUGAGGAUGGCGAAGGUGAUGAAGGUGAGGGUGAUGAAGGCGAUGAAGGUGAUGAAGAUGGUACUCUAGAUCAGGAACUCGCUGCUGCCCUCAUGGAGAAAAUGGACGGCUCCGAUGGCUCUGAUGGUUCAGAAGAUGAAGAUCCAAUCUCUGGAUCAGACGAUGAUGACGAGGAUGAUGAAGGUGACAAAUCAGAAGAAGACGAUGAGACCAUUGAAAGACGAGCAAAGAUCAAACAAUUCACCAACGAAAUCAAAGCGCUGGAAGCUGCUAUCGAAAAGAAGAGAGCCGGUUUCGUUGGUGGUAACCCUAUCAUGAUGAAACGAUUUGAAGAGACGAUAUCGGGUCUACAGGCGGAUGUUCACGCUAAGAUAGCUGCUAGACAAUCAUUACAAGAUGAACUAGGCAAGGAUGAAGAGGGUGUUCCACCUACUAGUAAAUCAGAUCGAGCCGACGAGGAAGGGACAAGACGACCCAGUGGAGACAAAGAUGAAGAUGUUGAGAUGGAGGAAGAUGCUGAAGGUGAAGAAGAAGAUAACGAAGAAGGCGGAACUCCAGCUACAAGAAGAGAUUCAAGAGAUCGAGCUUCUUCGGCACCUUACUCUGAUGAAGAUGAUUUAUUCGGCGAAGAAGAUGAAGAAGAUGCAGAAGGCGACGGGGGAGAGAUUGAUCCAGAUGCAGAACGUGAUGACGACGAGGGGGACGGUGAAGGUGAAGAAGAAUACGAUGAUCAACCUGACAAUGAAGAGCAAGUCAGAGAAGGUGAAGGAGCAGAGGAAGAAGACGAAAUGUCAAAAUUGUUAGCUGCUGAAUUAGAUGGUUUAGAUCAAGCUGCAAUCAAUGAAGUUCCAGGAACACCGGAUCAACAAGAUUUGAACGAUGCUGCUGCUGCCGCCGCUCUAGAUGACUUCGCGUUAACAGGUGAUAACUCCAAUAUGGACACGAAUGACUUUGGUCAAUCAGAUGACUUCUCCUCGUUCAACUUUGAUCUACCGACAACGACAAUAGGAGGUGGAUUCGUCGAAGGUGGUGUAGGAAGAAGAAGAUUGGCUACCGGUGCCGAAGGUAGUAGUGAUGACAGUUCAGAUGAGAGUGAUGACUAG